UGUCCCCUCCCACACACUAACGCGCUUGUGUGGUUAUAGCCAGUAUAAAGUAUAUCUUCCAUCGGAGAGCGACAAGAAGCGCCAGGCUAGAGGGGAUGAAGAUGGCGGACGCCAAGCAGAAAAGGAACGAACAGUUAAAGCGCUGGAUAGGCUCGGAGACGGACCUGGAGCCGCCCAUACUGAAGAAGAAGAAGACGAAGGUGAAGUUCGACGAUGGCGCCGUGUUUUUGGCCGCCUGCUCGAGCGGCGAUACGGAGGAGGUGCUGCGAUUGCUCGACCGCGGCGCUGACAUCGACUACGCCAAUGUAGAUGGACUCACCGCUUUGCACCAGGCCUGCAUAGAUGAUAAUGUUGACAUGGUGACCUUCCUGGUGGAACAUGGGUCAUGCAUCAACCAGCCCGACAAUGAGGGCUGGAUCCCCCUUCACGCCGCUGCCUCCUGCGGAUACCUCGACAUCGCCGAGUAUCUUAUCAGUCAAGGCGGCCAAGUCGGUGUUGUAAACAGUGAGGGAGAAACGCCAUUGGAUAUCGCUGAGGAGGAAGCCAUGGAGGAACUUCUGAAAAACGAGAUCAACCGGCAAGGCGUGGAUAUCGAGGCGGCCAGGAAAGAGGAGGAGCGGAUCAUGCUAAGGGAUGCGCGACAGUGGCUUAACAGCGGCCAGAUCAAUGACGCCCGACACACCAAGUCUGGAGGGACCGCACUACACGUCGCUGCAGCCAAGGGAUAUUCGGAGGUUUUAAAGCUUUUAAUCCAAGCAAAGUAUGAUAUAAAUAUUAAAGACUACGAUGGCUGGACACCGCUCCACGCUGCUGCACACUGGGGCAAAGAAGAGGCCUGUCGAAUACUAGUAGAGAACAUGUGUGAAAUGGAUAUCGUCAAUAAAGUGGGCCAGACAGCAUUUGAUGUUGCUGAUGAAGAUGUCGUAAGCUAUUUGGAAGAGCUCCAAAAGAAACAAAAGCUGCUUCUUAGUGAAAAGAAGGAUGUUAAGAAGUCUCCUUUAAUAGAAACUACCACCACUGGGGACAAUAAUCAAUCUGUGAAACCACAGAAGAGUAAAGAAAUUCUUCUGGAGGAAGAGAAAACUCCCCCAAGAAUCGAGACUCUGGAGGGAGAGAAGGUGGAUGAAGAAGAGGGGGAAGGAAAGAAGGACGAGUCCAGCUGCUCCAGCGAAGAAGAGGAGGAGGAAGACUCAGAGUCUGAAAAUGAAGCAGAUAAGACAAAGCCUGCUGUUCCCACGAGCAAUACCAACAGUACACCCGCACCAGCACCUACUAGCAUCACUGUCACAUCUCCAACAACCCCAGCCAACCAGGUGACCACCCCCACAUCGCCUACCAAAAAGUCUGAUAACAUUACUGCCCUAAUGCCUGGGGGGGAGCCGGGCUGUCCCGCAUUGUGGCGUCAAGGCUUGCGCAAAACUGGCAUUUCACUUGUGCCCAAAAAAGCGAUGGUUAGCACACCUACGGGGAAGGUGUCUCCUAAAGAGGAGGAGAGGAAGGUGUCUCCUAAAGACGAUGAGAGGAAGGAUGAGUCUCCUUCGUCGUGGCGACUGGGCCUACGGAAAACCGGAAGUUAUGGAGCGCUGGCGGAAAUCAGUACAACUAAAGAAGCACAGAAAGAGAAGGAUACCGCUGGGGUUAUGCGGUCUGCCUCUUCUCCUCGCCUCUCAUCCUCACUCGACAACAAGGACAAGGAAAAGGAGAAGGAAAAGACACGGCUGGCAUAUGUUGCACCCAGCAUCCCACCAAAAAGACACGUCAGCACGUCAGAUAUCGACGAGAAGGAGAACAGGGAUUCGGCUGCUACUCUGGUACGUAGCGGCUCCUACAACAGGAGACGCUGGGAAGAAGACCUGAGGAACAGCGACGGAACCUCCUCGCUAAACAGAACCUCCAGCUAUCAGCGCAGUACGUCACACACGCUAGCGUUAGGCCGCACGUCUAGCUCUCGUGACCUGCCCGCCAAAUCCUCCUCUGCCUCCAGCCUGGAACCUAACAACUCAAAGGCCUGGCAGCAGCCUUCCUCCUACCUCCACCGCAGCGGCUCGUUUGGAAGAAGGCAAGAUGAUGCUUUAAGUUCCACAUCUUCCUCCACUUCUAUCACCACCACCACGACCUCCACCUCCUCUGUUACCUCACCCACAGGACACCGUAGCCUGCUGUCCAGGUAUUGGGCGGAAGAAAGUGCAGACAAGGAGAAAGAAAAGGGGAAAGAGUCAGCAACCGUUAUUCCUACAAUCAACACUGCAGCCACCACCACUACCACAUCCACUACUGGAACUAUACUGGGCUCUGAUGGACGCGAGAGACGCAGAUCAUACCUCACCCCUGUGCGUGACGAAGAGUCCGAGUCUCAGAGGAGAGCCAGAUCCAGACAGGCUCGACAAACCAGGAGGUCUACACAGGGCGUGACCUUGACUGAUCUCCAUGAGGCAGAGAAGACCAUCGAACGCACUCGCCCCAUUCGGCCUCGAGAAGAUGAUAAAGAAGAGAAGGAGAAACAGGACAAGGAGAAACAAGAGGAGAAGAAAGAGUCGGAGACCAAGGAAGAUGACUACAGGUCACGCUACCGCAGCUUUGAGGAGAAGUACCAGAGGAACUCGGCCUCGACCAUCACAGCCUCCUCCAACCUGCCAUCCUCCUCUAGCAGCACAUCUUCCCUAUAUAGCUCCUCCUCUCUGAACCGCCCCAACAGCCUGACGGGCCUCACCUCGUCAUACAGCCGCUCCACACGCGAAACAGAGCGAGAGUCUGAUGCAAGAGAAAAGGACGAGGAGAGGGAUGGUGACGACAAGCCACGCUCCAUACGCGACCGCAGACGACCACGAGAGAAACGACGCUCGACUGGGGUGUCCUUCUGGACCCAGGAUAGUGAUGAAAAUGAGCCAGAUCACCCUUCAGAUUCAGAUGGGAGCACUAAAGGAGAGCCGCAGAGCGACAGACUAUCCAGGAAUGAACCGCAUUCUACUAGCACUUCCUCCAUUGACCGCCACGAAUCUAGUAGCCGCGGUAGACCAGAGUACCGUCAAUCGUUCUCGCGUCCCUACAGAGACGACGCCACUGAUUAUAAAAAGUUGUAUGAGCAGAUCUUAGGUGAAAACGAGAAACUGAAAGGUCAGUUACGUGACACAGAAUUUGAGUUGGCAGAGCUCAAACUGCAGUUGGAGAAGGCCACACAGAGGCAGGAACGCUUUGCUGAUCGGUCACAGCUGGAGUUGGAGAAAAGGGAAAGAAGAGCUCUAGAAAGGAAGAUCUCUGAAAUGGAGGAGGAAUUAAAGAUGCUACCAGACUUGAAAGCCGACAACCAGAGACUAAAGGAUGAAAACGGAGCGCUGAUUCGAGUUAUUAGCAAGCUUUCAAAAUAGAACAAGACCCUCCCCUCCCAUUCAACGACAAGUGUCGGUAUUGCACAUCUAGAUAGAAAUACCAGACAACAGCGACCAGAAGGCUCCGUCACCCUUACCGUUUCUCAGUCUCUCGCUUCCCCUCGCUUCUACGCUCCACCAUUCAGUCCGCUCACCUCACGAUUCCCGUGUCUGCGGCCCACACAGAACCACUGAGUUUACAGAACUAAGGAUAAAGCUCUAGACGACUGGCAUCGAAAACUACGGGCGGGGAAAGCCUCGGAAAGAAACUAUUUAACCAAUAAGCCUUAGUUGUACAUACGUCACUCGGCUUCUCUUGGCUGUCACAGAACACCUGAUUUUAUUUGUGCCACACUUUUUUUGUGAUCUUUUUUUGUUGUUGUUGCUCUGCUCUAUUCCUUCUUUCUGUAUAGAUGUGUUAUGCAAUGCACAGCGCUCUGCAGCUAUUUCCUCUUCCUGUCCUCAAUCGGCGUGGCGCUUGAAGUCCCGCCUCCGAGUCGAAGGCACUGUCUCUCAGCAGAAGACUUCCCAGCAUUCCGCAAUGUUGGCGCACGCCCCCCGUUUACCCUCCUGCCGUGCACACACACACACACACACACACACCCUACACUUUUUUCUCUCUCUCAAGAGAGAUGACAAACCCCUGGCUUGCCGUACAGGUGAACCUUGUGGAAUCGAAGCUUUCACUUAUGUGCAAUAUGCAUUUAUUUCGUAUAAAAAAUGCUUUAAUAAUGAGUCCAUCACUAGUAAAUGUUCACUUCCUUACCACUUCCAUCGCUCACCUCGAUUUCCUUUCUCCCCCUACCUUUUUCUCUCGUUUCUUUAGGUUUGUAGUGUAGUCGUUGGUUUAUAUCUUGUACUCCACACGUUUUAGCAGGUACUUGAGUGAAGUUGUAUAUACCUGUAUGUAUUGUUUGAGACCAGCACAUGGCAUGCGUUAAUGGUUCCCUAUCUGUUACUAUUGAAAUAUACCAACUCCAGAGGACAAAAAGUGUGUUUUAACUAUUUUCUUCUUCUUUUAUAGUCACGAGUCAUUGAAUAUCAAAAGGGCCGCCCUUAUGAAAGGGAAGGCGUGCACGUGUUCAGUGCAUUCUUUAUUUCGCAGUUUUUAAAGUGUUCACGGUAAUUGUGAGAUUAUAAUAUAACUGCUUCACUACAUUUCACACGUUUUAUUCCGUAUCUUUUGGAAGAGUGCUGUUCAUUUCUCUCUCUAUUUUUUCCCUUUUCCGUUUUUUUUUUUUUUAAGCUGUAGUAUUAGCCAAGGUGUUGUCGCUAAAAAGAAACUUCUAGAUAUCGCUAACCCAGUCCUUUUUACAAUGUCUACAUGCACUGUCAAUACCAUGUCAGGAGCCUUGCUGUCUGGUUUAGCAAAAGUUUCGCCACCACGUCAGAUGAAGUCCAUGCAUCGAAAAUAUGUUUUAUGCAUUUCAGUGGCCUUUUACUUAAAAAUACUGUAGUCGAAAAAAAUGUCGCUGUAGUUGGACUGUCAGCUGUCUCCUCUUUGGUUUAGGAUUUUAAUUUUUUUCCUUUUUAAAUUUCCCAUCAUCUUGUAAAAUAGAUGUGUGGCUUCAUCCGUGCAAGCUGUGCUGUGACUACCAACCACUGAGAGUUAAUUAAAAUAAACUUGUACAUUGUAAAAAUCUC